AGGCAGUUCCGGUGUUAUGACGUCAUGACCCUACCUGACCCUGCGUAUAAAAGGUGGCAUCGGUGCCUCUUCGGUCAGUGUAGUGCCAGACUUCACAGUAGUACUCGAUAUCUCAAGUACCCCUCGUCAACUUACAUUAUCAAAGAAUGGAAUCCCAGAAGUGUUUAUUGAAGAGCUGCUGCUGCGGGUGCUCGCUUCGCACAGCCUCCAUCAUCAUAGCUGUGCUGAGCCUGGUGUUUGCAGCGGCCAGUGGCGGCUACAGCAUAUUCCUGGGAGUUUCAGGUGUGGUCGAGGGAUGGCUGGACCUGACUAUCAACAUCGUCAAAUUCAUCAUUGCCAUCGUCCUCAUCCAUGGCAUCCGCACAGAGCGUAGAGGACUGGUGCUGGCCUGGGUGUGGGUGACGGCUGUGAUGGUGGGUCUCAGCAUCACCCUGGGAAUUGUCUUAGUCUUCCUCACAGCAUCCAUCGUGGCAGCCUUCGUGCUCUUCGUUGCCUCAGCCAUUGAGAUAUACUUCCUGCUGGUUGUUCGUUCCUACGCCCUCACCUUGGAAACAUCUGAACCAGGCAGAGUGUAAACACCGAGAGGAAUUUUAGUUCAACAAAUCGUUUAUGUCUUACAUCUACGUAACGGAAAUUUUCUGUGUAAUUCUCUGAGAAGAUCUUUGCUUGUCAUAAAAUCUAUCAUUUUUCUCGUAACUUUUUAAUCUUUACAAUGUUUGCUACAAAGCAAUUUCCUGCUGUUUUACUAGACUUGAACGGAUUACAUUUUCGUAAUGAAUACUUCUUUUAAUGAUUUUUUUACGCUGAUA